AUGUCGCCACUAGACUCGCUUCUCCUCCUAAUCAGCCUCCUACAACUGAGAUCCGCGGUUGCCAGUGACUUUUCCGCAAUGAGUGCCGAGUUCAAACAGUGUGUUCGCGGUGCCCAGCAGCCCAAGCUGGGUGAGUGUCUCGGCCGAUCCGCCCUGAACUUCAUCCAGCGAUUGGAUGAGAGCGAUAAUGUCAGAUUCGUGGAGGAUUUCGUGACGGUGAAGAGCGAGGCGCCGGCGGUGAGAUCGCUGGCCAAUGUUCUCGACACAGACCCUGUGGACUUUCGUGGAAUUUUGGAGAAUGCCGGUGCCGUGAUGGGCCAGCGGAGUCUAGAGUGGCACAUGGACGGAUUGUACCCGGGCUUAAUGUUCAAAAUCGGGCCCACGGCGGAUGCGAAUAGUGUGGCUGAGUUCGUGCUCGAUGGAGCAGGGCAAGGGGAGCGGCAGUUUAACUUUGAAGAACCAACGACGGGCCGACUCCUGGUCAAGCAAUAUAUGCUUCCAUUUCUCCUAGGCUUGAAGUUCAACCUGGUGGCCCUGGUUCCCCUGCUCUUUGCAGGCAUCUGUCUGCUACUCAAGAAGUCAUUAUUUUUAGUCAAGUUGGCGAUAUAUGUGAGCAGCUUUCUAGGACUAGGUGGAGUAAUGGGCUCCUUGGGUGGUUUGGCUGUCGGCGGGCUGGGAGGCGGUAGUUUCGGUAGCUUUGGCGGCUCCAACUUUGGCUUUGGUGGCGGCUUCCAUGGCCACCGACCGGUGGGUCAUUUUCCGGGAAAAACCACAGUUUUUGGUCAAGGGGAUGAGUUGCAUCAUCAAUACGAUGUGCACGAGGCGUCGCCGUACCGUCGCACCGAACGUAAAGUUCGAUUUGAGCAACCGCGAGUCGCAGAAGCGCCGGCCCAAACACCUACUGUCCAUAAGCCCGCCCAUAAACCACCAACCGAAGACCGAUUCUAUGACUUUGAAAACCAACGAAGGCCCAGCAACAAACUACACGCAGCCAGCUUGGAGCAGGAGGGAGAUCUUCUGAUGCGAAACUUUCAGGAUGCCAGUGGCAUGAAGGGCUGGCAGGCGGUGGACGUGAGGUCCCUUUAG